AUGGGAUGCGCCGCGUCCUCCGCGAGCGCGUCCGCGCCCGCGAGCGCGCUCGCGCUCGUCGACUUCAACGCGCGAUUCGCGGACGAGUACGUCGUGCGGGAGAAAAUCGGCGUCGGACAGCAAGGGACGGUGUACCUGUGCGAGGACGCGGAGACCGGGACGACGCGCGCGAUGAAGGAGACGCACAUCGGGGUGUUCGGCGCGAACGCGAAGCGACGAGAGGCGUACUGCGAGAUUGAAUUGCUGUCGCAGAUGCGACAUCCGAACGUGGUGAGGAUGGUGAAGGCGUACCAGACGAGCGCGGAGGUGCAGGUGGUCAUGGAACACGCCGGGCGAGACACGUUGUUGACGUACCUCGUCGCUCUGGACGACGCCGAGGGGAUGACGGAGGAAGAAAAGAUGCACAUUAAACAUGAAUUGAUUCGGCAGUUGGUGGACGCGGUCGCGCACGUGCACUCGAGGGAUGUGGUGUUUCGGGAUUUGAAGCACGAAAACGUCAUGGUCACGAGCGACGACGAUUUGAGAAACGCGCAGAUUAAGCUCGUUGAUUUCGGUCGCGCGGCGUCGCUGCGCCGGGAAGAUCGACUGAAUAAUCAGCCACCUCUCGGGACGUCGUUAUUUCAAGCGCCCGAAGUAGAAGAGCGUCGAGAGUAUGGACAAGCGGCGGAUAUGUGGGCCGUCGGCGUCUUCGUUUACUUUUUAGUCACGGGGCAGAUGCCGUUCGAGCACACCGUGGCGGGGCUUUACAAGGUGCUGCGAGGAGAAUAUGAACCCAUGGAAGAGUCAAUAAAUAAGCACGCGCGCAAUUUGGUGGCUAAGCUUCUCGUGCUCGACCCGGCGAAACGAAUCAACGCUGCUCAAGCGAGCACGCAUCGAUUCUUGCGGCAG